GCCGGGCGCCGGCCCGGUUAUUCCGAGAGGAACGACCCCGGGGCGCGCCUCUCCUCCGCCGCGGUCCACGACACACCACCGUGCACAACACCAUCGUCGGCAUGAACGUCCGGCUGCACCGCGCGCUGUGGGUGGCCCGGGUGCUGACCGUGGCGCUGGGGCUGGUGGUGGUGGGCGCGCUGCUGCACCUGCAGCGGGGCCGGCCCGUCGCCGGGCUGCUGUCCGAGGCCGUGGAGCCGCCGCCGGGCGCCGAGCGCGAGGGGCGGCCGUGGCUCGAGGAGCGCCGCCCCGCCGUGCCCGACGACGAGGGCGUCGUCGAGGCCGACCGGGCCAGCGAGGAGCGCGCCGGCCAGCAGGAGGCCGCCCUCAGCCUCGCCAGGAUCGCGCGCCUGCUCGGCUGGGGCGGCCACGACCACGACGACAUCGAGGAGGAGCACGACGAGGACCGCUACCGCAUCCGCAUCAAGGACUGGCGGCCGCUGGAGGAGCUGGGCGCGCUGCAGUGGCCGGCGCGCGGCGGUGGGGGCCCCGACGCAGACGGCCAGACCACGGAGUGGGCGGACAACGCCCUGCUCAGGGCCUUCAUCGCCCGCUUUGGAUCCGUGCACACCACUGGCGGCCCGCCGGCCCCGCCCCUCGACCUCGAGAUGACGGACUUCCCUUCGGCCUCCGUCACCUCCCCGACGAGCGCGGCGGCGGUGCCCGUGUCCGUCUCCCAGGCUUCGACCGGUGGGUUAUGAACAACGGCCACGGGGUUUCCUCCUCAGCAUAGUACGCACGCGUCGAGCCGGGAGGACGAGAUUGCGCGAGGAUUCAGCGGCGUGUGUGAGGCAGCUCCCUUAUUGACUCAAGGAUCUGAAAACUCUCUCGCUCGCACGCG